UUUGAUGAAGAUUGUGGUGUUAAAGGUGGAGUGUCUCUUUAAGAGAGAGAGAGAGAGAAGGGGACGCGCUUCACGCUUGGGCUGCGGUGUUUUUGUCUCUGUCAGUGAGUCUGCUGGCCUUAUCGACUGAGGACACUGGAAGAGGAAUUUUGGUGGCACCCAUAAGAGAGUUGCAGGAACUAAAAAAGGGAGAGCGAGGAGGCCGGGGAAGAGAGACCAUCAUUGCAGCACACCAAGGCGGAGAUUGAGGCACAAUCUGACUGGCACGUUGAAACGGAGAGACUGGCUGGUGAAUGACAAUCAUGGCUCAGGUGCUUCAUAUGGACUCCAGUUUUCCUGGGAAGAUUAACCCCCCGGUGCCCCCCUCCUUGCAUGCAAAGGACCAAGAGGCUCCAUAUUCAGUAGAAACUCCUUACGGAUACCGUCUGGACCUUGACUUUCUCAAGUAUGUCAAUGAUAUUGAGAAAGGAAACACUAUUAAGAAGGUGCCAGUGCAGCGCCGCCCACGUUAUGGCUCGCUUCCACGUGGCUACGGCUACACAGGCUCCUGGUGGACCUCCACAGAGUCCCUGUGCUCCAAUGCCAGCAUGGACAGCCGGCACUCAUCAUAUUCUUACUGUGCACCAGGCUUCCACACCUCGCAGAGACCCAACUUCAGUACAGCACGUGUAGAGAAAACCCUAAUGGAUGCUCGCCGGAAGCUGGAGGAAGAGAAAGAUGGUCGCCGUUUCUCAAAUUUGGGCAGCAUGCACAGCAGUAUGGCUGGCUCUAAUACAUCUCUGUCCAGUGCGCACAGCUUUAAUCGUGCCCAAGGAGGGGGCUCCUAUACACCAAUGAGCUCCGGCUUGUCCACACCUGUCUCCCCGACGCCAGCUCACCUGCAGCACGUGCGGGAGCAGAUGGCCGUUGCCCUCCGGAAGAUCCGGGAGCUGGAAGAACAAGUGAAAACCAUCCCAGUGCUGCAGGUCAAGAUCUCUGUACUUCAAGAGGAGAAGAGGCAGCUCAGUGUGCAACUUAAGAGUCAGAAGUUCCUGGGACACACGCUGGGGUUCAAUCGAAGCCGUCCACGAGGCGAACUGUACAUCGACAUACCUGAGGAGGAGGCAGGAAACGGGGCAGGAGCUGCAAACAAAGCCACAGGGAGUCUUUCACCCACCACUCCCGGCUCCCUCCAGGACUCAGGAUGUGAAAUAGAGGAGACUGUAAUUGUUGCGGGGGCUCGUCCGGGUGCAAAGCGGGAGGUGCGAACUGUAGGUGUGGGGCCUGAAGCAGAAGAAAGGGGUUAUCGUCAAGUGGGGGUAGGGGUGCGAGAGCAGGACUUGGGUCUGCUGCCUGAAACCGAAGCCCUCAAGACUAAAGUGGGUCUUUUAGAAGUUCAGCUGAGGAAAACCAUGCAAGAGCUACAGAGUGCUCAGCAGCAAGUGGAAGCGGCACAGAAAGAGAGGCAGACAGUUUGCCCUCAGGUAGACCAUGCUGUGAGAGCCACCAGUCUCGGCUGGCAGGAUCAGCAGGGCCAGGCUGGAGCGGGCUUGCAUACUGUUGUCAGUUUUACUAAGCAACCUCAUCAGCAGAGGACUGUGGGCAUCCAAGUGUACACGCUGGAGCAGCCCACAGUGGUGGGUGUGGGGACACUGCUAAGAGCCCAGGGCUGCACUCAUCCUGCUCAACUGGAGGCGUCUCACAGAAGAUAUGGAGAGUCCCCAGCAGCAGGGGAUUCGCCACAUGAGUUUCCCAUUGCAAUAAGCUCUAAGCAGGUGCGGGAGGUCUUGAGAAGUGAGGUCUCCAAAUCAGUGCCAGUGACCAACCAGGCAACUCCUAUGGAGACAAAGUGCAACCAAGUGACUGCGGUCUGCCAACGGCUAAAAGAAGGAGAGAUUAACCAGCAACCAGCAGAAGAAGCCAUUCAAGUUGAUCCAGCCAAUCCAGCAUCCCCUCAGUCUAACCUGAGGUCAAUCAUGAAGAGGAAGGCUGAUGGGGAACCUGGCUCUCCAUACACCAAAAAGAACCUGCAGUUCUUAGGAGUCAAUGGAGGGUACGAGUCAACAUCCUCCGAAGAGAGCAGCUCUGAAAGUUCAGAAGAUGAAAGCGAUGCAAGCGAAUACCAUGAGGCUACGGAAAAACUACCGGAAUCAGCGACACCACAGUCUCUGGUGUCCUCCUGUAUCCCACAGCUCGCCUCUGAGACACCAGCUACCCAAACAGCUCAGCACAGCACUGCCCAGAUACCAACCAAUCACACUCCAGCAGCUCAAACCACCAGCCAAUCACACACCACAGAUGCAACUACCCAACAACAUGUCACCCAAUCACCAGCAGCAGAGGCUGAUGUACAGCACUGUGUCAGCCAAUCAUCAGUGACCACCACACCUCCUCCAGAGGGAGAUGUUCAAUGUGUUUUUCAAGGGUGUAACCCUCCAAGCACUGCCACUUCUCUUGAACAAAACUCUGUCCAGUUGUCAUCUGCGACGCAGCAGUCCAAAGCCACUGAUUCAAACGUCCAGCCAGAUCUCGCUCAAACAGAUGUGUCGGACUUCGCCGCUCAGCAAACGACCACUCAAACACAAUUCACCAGUGCCAAACCUCAGCAAGAAGCUAGCCAAUCAAAAACUGCUGACCUCACAGCCCAGAAAGGAGCGACACACUCUACUGAUGGCUCAGCGAAACAGGACAUAGCCAUAUCCUCCACAACUAAACCAGCAGCAGAUACAGCAACACCACCCACUAAUAAACAAACAGACAGCCUGGAAUUAAGUGGCGGUCUUAUGUCGGCGCUCCACAUCUUGCAGAAGGCGCUCAGCGAACCAAAUGCAUUCAGCCAUCAAGAUGCGAGGACGGCCUACACCAGCGUCCUGCAGGAGUGGCUCCGGGUCUCCUGUCAUAAAGCUGCUGACACCGCAGUGGUGAAGGCCCACAUGGACGCGUUCGCUUCUAUUUCCCCUCAGCUCCUGGAGUUCGUCAUCAACAUGGCCGACGGCAAUGGAAACACGGCUCUGCACUACACCGUCUCUCACUCCAACUUCCCUGUAGUGAAGCUGCUGCUGGACACCGGUCUCUGUAAUGCUGACAAGCAGAACAAGGCUGGUUACACAGCCAUCAUGUUGACGGCUCUGGCUGCCUUCAGCUCGGACAGUGACCUUCAGACCGUCCUACAGCUGCUCCGCACCGGCGACGUCAAUGCCAAAGCCAGCCAGGCAGGGCAGACGGCACUGAUGCUGGCAGUCAGUCAUGGUCGAGGGGAUAUGGUGAAGGCUCUGCUGGCAUGUGGAGCUCAGGUGAACCUGCGGGAUGACGACGGCUCCACAGCGCUCAUGUGCGCCUGUGAACAUGGACAUGUGGACAUCGUGCGCCAGCUGCUGUCUGUGCCCGGCUGUGACGCCACGCUCACUGAUAAUGAUGGCAGCACUGCUCUCUCCAUCGCGUUGGAGGCCAGUCAGAAUGACAUUGCUGUGCUUCUAUAUGCACACCUCAAUUUUGCCAAGCCGCCUUCUCCUGUAUCACCAAAGUCUCCAAUUCUGGGCUCUUCUCCUCCUUCGUCCUCUGAACUGAAGUAAACAGAUGUCAUAAAUCUGAGCUGUCCUUUCUUCCAGCAAACCUUCCUCGUCCAUUCCACUGUCUGUCUGUGUGUGUGUGUGUGUGUGUGUGUGUGUGUGUGUGUGUGUGUGUGUGUGUGUGUGUGUGUGUGUGUGUGUGUGUGUGUGUGUGUGUGUGUGUGUGUGUGUGUGCGCACUUGUUUUUAUAACAUGUUGGGGAUGAAGUCCUUACUGGUAAAUGUGCUUAUAAAUCAUACAAAAUGAGGUAUUUUGAAAAUGUAAAAAACUGCAGAUUGUUUAAGUCUCCGCUGAUAGUCCCCAUCGGGAUAUAAAAACAAGAGAGAUUGAGAGUGUGUGUGUACACAAUUCAUCAUGUACAACUUUUAGAGGUAUAAAAAUUGUGCACUCUUUUAAAACUCUUUAGCACUUGACAUCAUCGCACAACUGUUUUUCUCAACAUAAGUUCAUUCUGAAAGCGUAGCCCUGUAUAAAUUUCUGGAGAUCACAAAUGAGGUAUGACGCCAUUCCUUUUUGCGCUUACCAUUGCUUUCCUAUGUAUGGACGGCUUUCCUGCUGUUACCAGUUUGUCUGGUAGCUCGAAGUACAUUGGUGGACUUAAGAUGCAUAGCAGAGUUAACCGCAGCAACUGGAUUUGAGUCUGGCGAAGAAUAGUUCCAGAAAGCAUGUAAGACAAAAACAGAAACGUUAAAAAAAAAA